GGGACCAUUUAGAAAUCGCACUCAGCCAAUGAGAAGGCAGCAGGUAGCACCCCUAAGAAGUCCGGCAGUGACUAGGCGAAGGCAUAGCACCGCGCACUCAGGCUCCUCUGCUAUUUGACAUCCCAGGCUUGUGUUCGCCCAAGUCAGCGCUGCACAAGGGAAAGUUUUCAAACGUUUCCCUUUGGCAUGAGCAGCCUGGGGGAGGCGGAGGGGAGGGCUGUGCUAGUCAGUGCGGAGGCGGGGAAGAGCUCACCUUCGCUAGAAGAAGAAAAGGUGCAGCGAGGGAGAAGAGCUGUAACAGGAGGAAGGAGCUCAGGGCGGUGAGAGGAUCCGCUCCGCUUGGCUAAACUUGCUCUCACUGCGCCCCUCCUAGUAAGGGCACGCUGAGGGGCCCAGGCUCCUCGCAUUACUUGUGGAUUUAAGCUUGUUGCUGUAACUGGGACCCAACAUGGACAGCGCUCACGCCAAGACAGUCAGUGAGGUGCUGCGGCACUUCGAAGUGAAUGAGAACUGCGGACUGAGCAGCGAGCAGGUCCGACGGAGCAGAGAGAAAUAUGGGCUGAACGAGCUGCCGGCUGAAGAAGGAAAAUCUCUUUGGGAAUUGGUUUUGGAGCAGUUUGAAGACCUCCUAGUUCGCAUUCUUCUUCUUGCUGCUUUUGUUUCAUUUAUACUGGCCUGGUUCGAGGAGGGUGAAGAGACAACAACUGCUUUUGUAGAACCAAUAGUUAUUAUUAUGAUCCUAGUAAUCAAUGCCUUUGUGGGAGUAUGGCAGGAGAGGAAUGCAGAGAGUGCUAUUGAAGCCCUCAAGGAAUAUGAACCAGAGAUGGGGAAGGUAAUCCGUGGAGAUCGGAGUGGAGUGCAACGCAUCAGAGCCAGAGACAUUGUUCCUGGAGACAUUGUUGAAGUUGCAGUUGGUGACAAGGUACCUGCCGAUAUCCGAAUUACAGAGAUUCGAUCUACCACACUUCGUGUGGAUCAGUCUAUUCUUACAGGGGAAUCUGUGUCUGUGAUUAAACAUACAGAUCCUAUUCCAGACCCAAGAGCUGUUAAUCAAGACAAGAAAAAUAUGCUUUUUUCUGGCACAAAUAUUGCAGCUGGAAAGGCAGUGGGGAUCGUAAUUGCGACUGGUAUUUACACAGAAAUUGGAAAAAUCAGAAACCAAAUGGUUGCAACUGAACCUGAGAAGACCCCACUACAGCAGAAGCUUGAUGAAUUUGGUCAGCAGCUCUCCAAAGUCAUCUCCCUUAUCUGUGUUGCUGUCUGGGUGAUCAAUAUUGGCCACUUUAAUGACCCAGUGCAUGGUGGCUCCUGGUUUCGAGGUGCUAUUUACUAUUUUAAGAUUGCAGUGGCAUUGGCUGUAGCUGCUAUUCCAGAGGGUCUUCCAGCUGUGAUAACAACCUGCCUGGCAUUGGGUACACGUCGCAUGGCAAAAAAGAAUGCCAUUGUAAGGAGCCUUCCAUCUGUUGAGACACUUGGGUGCACUUCUGUCAUCUGUUCAGACAAGACUGGUACAUUAACUACAAAUCAGAUGUCUGUGUCCAGGAUGUUUGUAAUUGAAAAAAUUGAAGGAGUGAAUUGCAGCUUUCAUGAGUUCAGCAUCACCGGAUCCACAUAUGCCCCAGUUGGUCAAGUCCUAAAAGAUGAACAGCCCGUUAACUGUGGACAAUAUGAUGGAUUGGUGGAAUUAGCAACAAUCUGCGCUUUGUGCAAUGAUUCUUCCUUGGAUUUCAAUGAGUCCAAGGGAGUUUAUGAGAAGGUGGGAGAGGCGACAGAGACUGCUUUGACAUGCUUGGUUGAGAAGAUGAAUGUUUUUAAUACUGAUUUGAGCACCCUUUCUAAGGUGGAGAGAGCAAAUGCCUGCAAUUCUGUAAUAAAGAAACUGAUGAAAAAAGAGUGCACACUGGAGUUUUCACGAGAUCGCAAGUCCAUGUCUGUCUAUUGCAACUCUGUAGCUCCUAAUUCAGGUCAAUCUGCUAGCAAAAUGUUUGUCAAGGGUGCUCCCGAAAGUGUAAUUGAACGCUGCAACUAUGUGCGUGUUGGCUCUACAAAGCUUCCCCUGACUCCAUCAGCAAGAGAAAAGAUCAUGUCCAAGAUUCGGGACUGGGGCACUGGAAUGGACACACUUCGCUGCCUUGCUCUUGCAACCCGAGAUGUCCCACCAAAAUUAGAAGACAUGCAACUGGAUGAUUCUACAAAAUUCAUCAAUUAUGAGACAAACCUGACAUUUGUUGGAUGUGUUGGAAUGUUGGAUCCUCCCAGGAAAGAGGUCUCUAUAUCAAUAGAAUUGUGCAAGAGAGCUGGUAUCAAGGUAAUAAUGAUAACAGGUGACAACAAAGGUACUGCAGUGGCAAUCUGCCGAAAGAUUGGAAUUUUCUCAGAUUAUGAAGAUAUAACAGACAAAGCUUACACUGGAAGGGAGUUUGAUGACCUACCACCAGAGAGACAGAGAGAAGCCUGCCGUAGUGCCCGCUGCUUUGCACGUGUGGAACCAGCACAUAAGUCUAAGAUUGUUGAGUAUCUACAGUCCUACAGUGAAAUUACUGCCAUGACUGGUGAUGGAGUAAAUGAUGCACCAGCCCUUAAAAAAGCAGAGAUUGGCAUUGCUAUGGGCUCAGGCACUGCGGUGGCAAAAUCAGCUGCAGAAAUGGUCUUAGCUGAUGACAACUUUUCAUCUAUUGUGUCUGCAGUAGAGGAGGGGAGAGCCAUUUACAACAACAUGAAGCAGUUCAUCCGCUAUCUCAUUUCUUCAAAUGUUGGCGAGGUUGUUUGUAUCUUUCUGACUGCUAUUCUUGGUCUGCCUGAAGCACUUAUUCCAGUUCAGUUGCUCUGGGUAAACCUGGUCACUGAUGGUCUCCCUGCCACUGCUUUGGGAUUUAAUCCACCUGACUUGGACAUCAUGGAGAAACUUCCUCGUAAUCCAAGGGAACCUCUCAUCAGUGGCUGGCUCUUUUUCAGAUACCUUGCAAUUGGAGUCUAUGUUGGCCUGGCUACUGUGGGUGCAGCAACAUGGUGGUUCUUAUAUGAUGAAGAUGGACCACAAGUCACUUUUUACCAGCUGAGGCAUUUCAUGAAAUGUACUAGUGACAACCCUCUGUUUUCAGGAAUUGACUGUGAUGUGUUUGAGUCCCGUUACCCCACUACUAUGGCACUUUCUGUGCUAGUAACAAUUGAGAUGUGCAAUGCCCUAAACAGUUUGUCUGAGAAUCAGUCAUUACUAAGGAUGCCGCCAUGGCUCAACAUCUGGCUGCUUGGUGCUAUAAUUAUGUCUAUGGCUCUGCAUUUUCUGAUCCUCUAUAUAAAGCCAAUGCCGCUAGUUUUUCAAGUGAUUCCGCUAAACUGGUCCCAGUGGGUAGUGGUUCUGAAGAUUUCAUUGCCAGUUAUCUUGCUCGAUGAAGGACUCAAAUAUAUAUCAAGACAUCAUCUAGAUGGCCUACUAAAGACAGUAGAACAGUCUUGGAAUGGGACUGCGCAAAUGAAACCACAUAGAUCUCAUGAUCAGACUGGCACUUAACAGGAGGAACAGGUUUCAGCAACACACAGACAAUAACAUUUCUAAGUAAAGAAUUCUUACGUUCCAAGCCCAAUUGAAGUCUCCUGCAUGAGCAGCCAUCACAAGAGAACAAGCAGAAUUUGCGUGUCUCUAACCCAAGGAGACAACUCUGGGGGAAACGUAAACAGCAAAAUACUGAAAUAUUUGUUUGUAGCUUUUUUUUCUGUGCAUAAAGGUGCAAUAACUGGACAGCUGAAUUGUGGUUUGGGGAUAUAUGUUGUUGCAAUUUUUAGGGUUAAAACUGCAGCUCUUGAAAAUUCAGGGCCUGUCUUAUAUUUCAAUUUUUGUUACUGUAAAAUGAAGGGGUGAGUCCCUCCCCCUCUCCAAAAUGUAAAAUAGAUAUGGGCAAAUCUGCAGUUUUGCAGGAAAACAAAUGGCUCUUGUGCAGUGUGCAUAAUGAUCAGACAAUGCAGGCUUGAGAGUUUAGUUCAAUGUAAUGAACUUUGGGAAAGGUCUGGAAAAUGCAAAGUCCUCCUGCUGUUGUGAAGUGCAUUUCUUUAGAGUUAAUCCAGCCGUGUCUAGCCAGAACUGUUGGGUGUCUUAGGUGCCCUAAUUGCCGAAGCGUGAGCUUUAAUAUAUAAAUUGCAAGACUUCUGAAAAAUGUACAUGCCUCUGAGAAGCUGUGACAUUGUCUGUGUGAACUUUUCAGUUGUUUAAGUUAACUAUCACUUGAUAUCUACAGUGCCUGAGAAUUGUAUCCCUUUGUAAAGCUGAUUUUUUCUGUUAAUGCAUUGUAGUGCAGCCACCUUAUAUGAACACCUUUAAAGGGUUUAUGUAAUAAAAGGUGCAACGCUAUAUAGCAACUAAUCAUCAAGUAGCGAAUAUUGGUCAGCUGUUUGUAUUAUUGGUUGCGUGGUGUUACUGUGCCUGGGCAAACUUUGUGCCCUUUAUUACAUAGAAGGUUUGGGUCUAUUUCCAUACAGUGGCACUAGUUCUUGGUAAGCUAUAAGGCUAAUGUCACACAAAACAUGGAAUUGCCUUGAUUACUUCACUUUGUGAAACUACCAAAGUUAUGUUUAGUAGCUGUGACUUUUUACAGAACAGUUACAGCAAAAUGACAUGGCAUUGUCUCCUGUCAUUUUACACUGUGAUAACUGAAAUCACCACAAGUACACAUGUGGCACACAUGCACAAUUAUUGCCUGAAACCACAGCUGGGCACGUUUGAUGGCUGUUGUUCACAAUAGGAUGUGACUUAAGACAAUUUCAUGCGUUUUGUCACCUCUAUAAAAUACAGACACAUCUCCUGUUGUUAUAGAAGUAUUAGUGUAAAAGAAUGGACAUUUUCUUUACAUAUCUAAAGUCCAGUUUUACAGACCCUAGCAUUUUACCCUCUAAAUGAGGAAUGCCAAACCUGCAGCUGCCCACCUCUUUGGAACUAUAGCAUCUGGUAUUGUGGGAGCACCAUCAUUCACAACGUCUAACGUCCCUGACUAAACCUUGCUAAGCCUCUGUUUGUUGCUUUGUAUCACUUCACAUUAAAUUUAGGCACCUAUUUGUCUCAUGGCAUCACUUCACAUUAAAUGACAACAAGGUGAAUUCUAAUAUUGUUAUCAUGUGCCACAGGGGGUAGAGUAUACAGAAUAUAUAUUUGUAAUCAGUCUUUGCUUGAUGUUAGGCUGUCCAAAUGGAGACCCACUGGCAGAGUUGGCCUUCAAAGAAAUUAUAUAGCCCCACUAUCUAGCCAAAUUAUAAAAUUGUGGUAGCCGCUACUGGCCACUUACCAUUCCAAUCCAUGAUAAAGACCACUAGAUAUGACAAACCUACGCUAGGGGGCUUUCAGGCAAAAUAUACUUAUGCAGGGUGACUCUAGCCCCUAACAACCUUCAAAAGACUGUUGAGCCAUGAGACAAUCCACUGUCUGUACUUCAUCAUAAGACUCUUCUUUACUGUCUGCCCCUCUGUGAUUUAUCUCUUAAUUCCUACAGACCCAUGGAUGUGUAUGCAGUCAUUAUACUACUGAGCAGUGUCAUUGUACAGAAAAAAAAACUCACAAGAUGUUACUGUAAUUAAUAUAUACUGUAUUUAAGGAUUUCUAAUGCUAUAUGAAACACCUGUAACCUAUUGUAACAGGAAAUGUUUUGACCAAAUCUACUAUUCAAUUUCUGUGUAACAGAAAUGUAAAUGAUUUGUAUUUCUGUUUUAGAGAGUGGGGUGAUGAUUUUUUUUAACAAUAUUGAUAUUUGUAUAGGCAGAGUACAUGGUUUUAAAAAAUAUUACAAAGUGGACUAUAUAGUAUUUGGGGAGGGUUAAAGGAUUUUUUUAAUGACUUUAUAAUGAUCACGUGCAUAGAUAUCACUUUAUUAGAAAGGUGUGCUGUUUUGGAUUGAGGCAUUUAAUAGGGGAAACUAAACAGCCACACUAGUAGUGGACUUAUAACUGAA